AUGCGGUGCAUCCGUGCGGCAAAUGUCACGGAUAAUAAAUUGCUCGAACGAUUCCUUUGCCGCCCGAGCGGAAGUGAUACCGUGGAAUCCGUCCAAUUCAAUGAGAAAACCGUUUCUACACCUUCUGAUGUCGUGUUUGAAGAGGAGCAAAGCAGUGGUUCAGACAUAGUGUAUGAAAGUGUUCCGGCUGGACCUUCAUGUUCCGAAGAUAUUUCGACAGUUCCCGAAACACCAGAGCUCGCUCAACUCCUCGGCCUUGUGAUGAUGUCGUUGGAUUUCGCAUUAACCCAGGCGAGGUAUGGAAUCUUCAUGUUUGUUACAUAG